AUGAUACCGUUACUUAUAAAUAAUAUUCAAGAUCAAAAUAAAAUAAUGCAAGCUGAUUCCGAUUUAAUGUUUUCUUUUCGGCACGGGAUAAGAGGCAAUAAAAUUAAUAAAAAAUCAUUCUUGAUUCAAUUAUACGUUGAUGGAAUCGGUGUAACAAAUCCAAUAGGGCCAAGAAAAGGUCUUCAUAAUAUUACUAUGGUCUAUUUUCUUUUGGAAGAUAUACCAGAUAUAUUUCGAUCAACAUUACAAUGUAUAAAUUUGGCAGCUAUUUGUUAUACGAAGUAUUUAAAUAAUAAUGAAAAAAUGAAAAAAUUCUAUGCUCCAAUUGUGAACGAUUUAAAUGAAUUACAAUCAACUGGGUUAAUCAUAAAUACUUUCAAUAGUCGAGUCUACUUUACAUUUACCACAAUAGCUGCUGACAACUUAGCAGCGCAUGAAGUAGCAGGCUUUCAAGAAACAUUUAGCUCGGGUCAUUUUUGCCGACGAUGUUUGAUUUCAUAUGAAAAUCGUUUAGUUUCAUUAGCUGAUGUUGACAUUAUUCCUAGAGAACAUUCUAGUAGAAAGUCUGUAUUUGGUGUAGUUGGACUAAGUCCCUUCGACGAGUUAAUCAAUUUUGAUCCAACACAAUGUUUUCCCGGUGAUAUAAUGCACGACUUUUUCGAAGGUGUUUGUCCUUUGAUCGUGAUAGCAAUGCUAAAAGAAGCAUCUAAUUUAAAAUUAAUGACAUAUGCUGGUAUACAAGAAAGAACUGAGAGUUUUUCGUAUGGUACAUUCGAUUCGUUGAACAGACCACAACCUAUACAAGCGAAACACUUUCAUAACAAUUGCAUCAAUGGAACUGCAGCACAAAAGUAUUGUUUAUUCCGUUUAUUUCCUAUUGUUUUUGCUGAUAUAACUGCACGUUUAAAAACAUUCAAGAUUUAUUUGGUUUUACGUGAAAUGCUGGACAUGGUACUGGCUUUACCUGUACGAAAGAGUUGGUUACCAUAUAUCGAAACAUUAGCUAUUAACUUUCAGAAGGAACAAGUCGAUGGUGAAACAUUAUUUUAUAUGAACGACUUCGAUCUUCUGAAACCAUUUAAAUUGUCGUACAAGAAUCAGUUACUGUUUUUAAAAGAACGAGAAAAAUUAUUUUUGACAAAGACUAUAAAAGAAAGUCCAACAUCAUCAUCAACAACACAUGAAACAACAGCAAACGUUGUCAAUGAUAUUGUACAAGAAACAAGUGAAAAUAAUGAUGUCGUUCAGUUGUCAGCAGAUUUAACAGCUGUUACACCACCAAUCUCAACAAAUUCUUCAAUAUCUGUAAAAUUAUUACCAGAUCCAUAUGUAGUACCUGAUUUACCUGAUCAAGUCAAACAUGCAAUUAAUAACAAAGAAAUGGAAAAAUUUGAAAAAUUAUGCAAUUUCAGAUCUAUUGUGAUCGAUGCAAUAUUUUACGACUUAAAAACAAAUUAUAAUUUGAUUUAUCCAACAAAAACACAAUAUAGUACUAUUGCUAAUGGUCUAUUAAAUCAUUUAGGUGUGGAACAUGAUACAAAAAAAAUGGUAAGUGAACGUCAUCAAUAUUUAUUACAAAACUAUGAACAUUCUUUAUUACAGAAUUCUUGGCGUGAAUCAUUAAUUUCCAAAUUUAAACGAGAACGACUAAAUUUGAUUUUUCAAGAACAUAGUAUUGAGCGUGUAUGUAAGUCCAUAUCAUCUGUUCAACUUCAACAUCAGCAUCAAUCAUCUAUCCAACUGCAACAUCAGCAUCAAUCAUCUAUCCAACUGCAACAUCAAUCUCCAUCAUCUGUCGAACAAAUUAAAGAAAUAAAUAACAACAAUAAUUUUUUUCCUGAUGAUCGUGAUGACAGUGUCCGUGAUUUGGUCAUUGACGACGAAGAAAACGAUGAGCAACAAAUAAAUAUCAACAUUUCAACAUCAAAAACAAUUGUAAUGAAAUCUACUCCAAAACCUUGUCAAAAAAGAAAAGCUAAUCAUUUACCAGAAAAUACAGAUCUAGGUGAAGAAGAAAACAUUCCACCAAGAAAAAAACUCACCAAUUCAAAACGAACCAAGCGUCAUUAA